GUUCCCUAAAUUCCAAUUCUAGUUGAUCACCUCUGUCCCCUGCUUUUAUUACUACUACAGUAUUACUCUUACUUUUCGUUCACUCUCGAGACUUUUCCUUCCCUUGAUACAAUUACACUCUUUCACAAUCUCAAUUUCUUAUCCUCAAUUUCUCAUUCUCAAUCUCAAUUCUAGUUGAUUGUGAUGAUUUUUUUCAGGUUUUAUUGCGUUCGCUGUUUAUAAUUUUGCGAGUUUUCUGCUCUGACUGACCUCUAUUCUCAUGUUUGCAGGAGGAUUUAUGAUCAAAUCCAGAUAUUUUCUCCCAGAUACCAAUUUCUGUUGUUGAGUUUAUUUUGUUGAUUAUCUGCAACAUGACUUGUGAGAGUCUAGACCCACCUGAAAGUGAGAAAGAACCAUUUGAGGAGGUUGACCCAACUGGCCGAUUUGGGCGAUAUUCUGAACUUCUUGGUGCUGGAGCUGUGAAGAAAGUGUAUAGAGCAUUUGAUCAGGAAGAAGGGAUUGAGGUUGCUUGGAAUCAAGUUAAGAUUAAGAACUUUAGUCAAGAUCCAUCAGUUAUAGAUCGACUUGUCAAGGAAAUUCAAUUGCUUAGCAAGCUUAGGAAUACUUAUAUUAUCACUUUAUAUCAUGUUUGGAGGAAUAUUGAACAUAACACAUUGAACUUUAUUACUGAGAUUUGCACCUCAGGAAACUUGAGAGACUACAGGAAAAGGCACCGUCAUGUGUCGAUCAGGGCAUUGAAGAAAUGGUCGAAGCAGGUGCUUAAGGGUUUAGACUAUCUGCAUACACAUGAACCUUGUGUUAUUCACAGGGAUCUCAAUUGCAGCAAUAUCUUUAUCAAUGGGAAUGUUGGCGAGGUGAAAAUUGGUGACUUCGGGUUAGCAGCAAUUGUGGGAAAGAGCCAUGUAGCACACUCAGUACUGGGGACACCAGAGUACAUGGCACCAGAGCUGUAUGAGGAAGACUACACAGAGGUGGUGGAUAUUUACUCAUUUGGAAUGUGUUUGUUAGAGAUGGUUACUCUAGAAAUACCUUACAGUGAAUGUGAUAGCAUUGUUAAAAUAUACAAGAAGGUAACUACUGGAAUUAAGCCACAAUCUUUCAGCAAGGUACAAGAUCCUGAGGUAAAGGCAUUCAUUGAUAAGUGCAUUGCAAAGCCAAGGGAAAGACCUUCUGCCUCUCAACUUCUGCAGGAUCCGUUUUUUGCUGAUGUAAAAGAUGACGAUGAGUUUAGUAACAAUUCCACAUGAUAGUAUUUCGUGAACGAAGCAUGUAUAUAAGCUGAAGUAAUCUUGACUGCUAUGUGAAUUGAUGUUCAACGUUGUCCAUUUAUAAUGUAUGUAAGAUGAUAAGAAUUGAAGUCUGCUUCAAUGCCUGAACAAGAUCUAAAUAGAAUUACCUUUUUUAAUUCAAUAUCUUGGAGUUCUGGAAAAGGCAGAUUAUAUGUAUUGUAUCAGAGAAAUAUUUUAGUUGUACAUGUCUAUUAGUUUUCCACAA